AUGGCGUCCAAGUCCCCCAGUCUCCUGCAUUGCAUACCCAUUUUACUUCUGCUCGCACAGCUCGCUCACUCGGUCAUCAUCCCACCUCCGAGCGGUCCGAGUGGCUGCCAACAAGAGCACGAUCCCCAGCCUUCCAGCGCCUACAUCGUGCACACAGACCACCUCGCCAAGCCGUCCCAGUUCACCACCCCAGAGCACUGGUACACCGCUAUGGUGGCCUCGCUCUCCCCGGCCACCACCUCCAAACGCAUCUUCUACGUGUACGACACCGUGAUGCGCGGCUUCGCCGCCGAGCUCACCGACGACGAGGCCCGGCUCCUGUCGGGCACUCCGGGCGUGUCCGGCGUGUACAAGGACACGGUGGUGCAUCUGCACACCACCAGGUCCCCGGGCUUCCUCGGCCUCAACAAGGACUUCGGGAUCUGGCCGGAUACGGACUUCGGCGACGGCGUCAUCAUUGGCUUCGUCGACACCGGCAUCUGGCCAGAGAACCCCAGCUUCGACGACACCGGGCUUGGCCCCGUCCGGCCGAGCUGGAAGGGCCGGUGCGACGACGGCGAGCGUUUCAACGCUAGCAUGUGCAACAACAAGCUAGUAGGCGCCAGGUUCUUCGCCGCUGGCACACGCCCGGAAGCAGUCGACGUGGACACCGACUUCCAGUCGCCAAGGGACGCCUACGGCCAUGGCACGCACGUGGCGUCAACGGCAGCCGGCGCGGAGGUUCCCGGCGCCGGCCUGUUCAUGUUCGCGCGUGGGACCGCGACGGGCGUGGCUCCCAGGGCGAGGGUCGCCAUGUACAAGGCGUGCAACCAGGACGGCGGAUGCGAUCUCACGGCCAUCGUCGCGGCGAUCGACGCCGCGGUGAACGACGGCGUCGACAUCCUGUCCUUGUCCAUCGGAGGUGGCGCCUCGGAGUUCUACAAAGACACCAUGUCCAUCGCCUUGUUCGGCGCCGUGCGGGCAGGCGUCUUCGUCGCCUGCUCGGCCGGCAACUUUGGCCCGCUAGAGUCCUCGCUGAGCAACGUGGCGCCGUGGAUCACGACGGUCGGCGCCGCCACCGUGGACCGGGUUUUCCCGGUGAGCGCCACGCUUGGAAACGGCCAGGUCCUCACCGGUCAAUCUCUCUACGCCCAGGCGGCCAAACAAACACCAAUGGUCCGGCUGUUGCCCAGCGACUGCACUGGCAACGACCUGGUGCCGGACAGGAUCAUGGGCAAGAUCGUCGUGUGCAGUAGCAAUUUCGGAGUUUCUCCACCAUACGGCGUUGCAGUGCAGAGGGCCGGUGGCAGCGGGCUAGUUUCCGUUGCCACCGUGGAGCAGCAUAUGGACGGGCUCAUGGUCCAGGCGUUCACCCUUCCGGCUGUCAGCCUCAGCGCCCGUGAAGCCGAAAAGCUCGCGGCGUACAUCCACUCGGAACCUUACCCGGUGGCGUCGUUUCGCUUCACCUGCAGCACGGUCACCGGCGAGAACCGCGCGCCGAUGGUAGCGACCUUCUCGUCGCGCGGACCCAACCAACUCGUCCGCGAGAUCCUCAAGCCGGACGUCAUCGCGCCCGGCACGAACAUCCUCGCCGCCUGGCCCGGCGAGUCGCCCCUGACACGCGCCGACGGCGACACGAGAAGAUCAAGCUUCAACAUCAUCUCGGGCACCUCCAUGGCGUGCCCGCACGUCGCCGGCGUCGCCGCGUUGCUGAAGAAGAAGCACCCCGACUGGACUCCGGCCAUGGUUCGGUCGGCGCUCAUGACGACGGCGACGAUGCUCGACAGCCACGGCAGGCCCAUCACGGACAACGCCCGCCCCGGCGGCAGCACGACGCCGAUGGCGGCCGGGGCCGGGCUUGUCCGGCCGCAGCUAGCGCUCUACCCGGGCCUGGUCUACGACGCCGUGGAGCAGGACUACGUCGACUUCUUCUGCACCAUGAACUACACCACCGCGCAGAUCCGGAUGUUUGUGCCAGACUUCGCCGGCUGCACGAGGACGCUCCCCGGCGGCGUCGGCGACCUCAACUACCCGUCGUUCGUUGUGGACUUCAGCAACGGCACCGACGUCCGUGUCCUGACACGCAACGUGACGAGGGUCUCGGAGGGUCCGGAGAUCUACACUGUCAGGGUCGUGGUGCCGGACGAGCUGGUGGCGGUGACCGUCACGCCGGCGACGCUUGAGUUCGGCGAGCUGAAUGAGACGAAGAGCUACAAGGUCGUGUUCCAGAGCAAGAACAGCUCGGCUGGUGCGCAUGGCGCGGGUAGUAAGAUGCAGUUCGGGCACAUCGUGUGGGAAAACGACGCGCAUCGAGUGAGGAGCCCCGUCGUGUUCACCUGGAACUGAACCUGACGGCGGCCUGUUCUGUUUCAGGCGCUGAAUAAAGUCAGGCCAGCGCAGACGUGUUCGUUACUUGUUGGUGGUGUACUUCACAUCUGGUGUCCAGUAAUAAAAGGUUGCAUAUCACUGUAUCUAAACUGCUCGAGUUCAACGUCAUGAGACGCAGAGUUCAACAUGAAUGAAAGUUGUAGUGCUAAACUGCUAAUAUGAUACCUUCUUCGUGUCAGUAAAAUUC